CUGGACUUUUGAAAACGUCUUUUGUUCUGUCCUUCUUCCUCUUUCAUCUCACUUUCAUUUUCCUGUCCUUCUUUCAUUCUGAUUCCGCCUCCAAUCUCUCCCCAACCCUUCUUCUUCUUCUUCUUCAAAUCUCUUCAACAUCAACCUUGAGUUUUAGAUCUUUCUACUCUUCAAGAAAGAGGAACUCCUUUAUAAGGUGGCUUAUCAAGACGCUCUUUAGGUGUUGAACAUUAUGGAAGUGUCGAAGAGAUCAAGGCUUACUUAUGAUGCCGUUCAUCAUUUACAAGAAGGGAUAUCAAUUGUUUUUUCACGUUGGGUAGAGAUUCAAGAUGCAGUGAAUUUUGGAUUUGCAGGACCUUAUUCUCGUGAAAAAGCAGUCAAAUUUGAGUCUUGUGUUUUUAAAUUCUUCAUCCAACCAACCAAAAAACGAAAAGCAACUCUAUACGUUGACGAUUUGGAAAAUUUGCUUAUAGAGAACCUUAAUUCUAUAGGCGUAGUUCCAUGCCGUACUAUUGUUGAAGAGGUAGCAGAACUACUAAUGAAAAUGUAUGAAGAGUGCUUAGAAGGUAAUUACCAAUCAAUUCAAAAGCUUAGGGAACCAGCAGUACCCAAUGAAAUUCAGCCUAUCAAGUUGGUUGACGAUCACGAGGACGUUGACGAUCUUGGUGAAGACGAAAGUCCAAACAUGAUGAUGAUAGAUAAUUUUCCAAAUCAAGAAGUUGCUCCCCAGUCUAUGGAGGUGGAUGAUGGGUGGGUUACUGUUACCCGACGAAAGAAUAAGGGCAAGGGUUUGAAAAAAUAGGUUGGACUCUAGAUAAUUCUAUUGUGGUGGUUGACUUUCAAUGUAAGCUUAAGGAUGCAUUUGAUUUUAUAAUUGAUUUUAUUUAAAGUUUGGAUGAGUUGUCACUAAACAUCUCCAACUUUACGUUUUUAUUUAUGUGAAAUUCUACAUGAUAAAACUGUGGUUUGGCUAAA